UAAAUUUACACUUUUUGAAGGUGUAGUUAUAAAUAUUCAUGACGUAAUUUUUAUCAUCUAUGCAAACAUGAGGGCAAGGUUGCCGUGUGGAUUAUUGGGAUGCAUACGAGGCAUGGCUCUUUACCGAAGUUCUGGUUAUAUUGGAGGAAAAUGGAAAGAUUGCGAGACCAAGUUUCCAGUUUACAAUCCUGCGACGGGUCAAGAGAUUGGGAGAGUGUCUGAUAUGGGGAGAGAAGAUGCGGAAGAGGCUGUGAAACAGGCGUAUGAUGCAUUUAAAGUCUGGAAAAACGUGACAACAAAGACCUGCAUUUGUGCCAAUCGCAUCUUAGUUCAGGACAAAAUUUACGAUGAAUUUGCAUCUAAGUUUGCUGCGGCAGUUGAUGAACAACUGAAAGUUGGAAAUGGAAUGGAUGCAUCAUCAACGCAAGGACCGCUUAUAAACGAGAAAGCUGUGGAGAAGGUUGAAAGUCACGUAAAGGAUGCUUUGUCUAAAGGCGCCAAAUGCCUAAGAGGUGGUCAGCGGCAUGAACUUGGAGGUAACUUCUUCCAGCCGACUGUCCUGUCGGACGUCACACGUGAUAUGAUCAUCUGUAGUCAAGAGACCUUCGGGCCUGUGGCUCCUCUCAUAAGGUUCAAAACUGAAGAGGAGGCCGUGGCAAUAGCUAACGAUACCUCAUCAGGAUUAGCAGGAUACUUUUACUCCCAAGACGUGAGCCAAAUUUGGCGCGUGGCUGAGGCCAUGGAAGUGGGUAUGGUAGGGGUAAACGAAGGAAUCAUUUCAUCAGAGAUUGCGCCUUUCGGUGGCUGGAAGCAGUCCGGGUUAGGGCGAGAAGGUUCAAAGUAUGGAAUUGAGGAAUAUCUCGAGAUCAAGUAUAUCUGUUUGGGAGGAAUCACU